GAUUGUCAUAGAAUGUUAGAAAGAAGGCUCAGUAUUUAUAGUUGCUGACAGAAUGAUACAGUGAGAGGUAGAAACAGAGGCAGCAUCCCAGCAUAGGCAUAACACCUCUGACCCUGCCACUCAAGAAAGCAGUGUGAGGCCAACAUCUAAGACUCCUCUUUAAGCAACACAAGUUUGCAGUGAUUCAGGCCUUCUUCUGAAGAGACAGCCUCUUAAUGACUGAUGAAGAAGAAUCACCAGAAAAUCCCUCUGAGAAAAUGGUCUUUGAAAAAAGAGCAGCCAGUCCCAGCAGGAAACCAGAGUUUGGUGAUCCAAGGAUGUAUGACCCAGAUUUCAAGGGACCUGUUGUCAACAGGAGUUGUACAGAUGUUGUGUGCUGCAUGAUCUUCAUAGUGUUUAUUAUGGGCUACAUUCUUUUAGGACUUGUGGCCUGGGCAAAUGGCGAUGCCAGGAGAGUGACGUAUCCUACAGACAGCCAGGGCCAUUUCUGUGGCCAGAAGGGCACCCCCAAUGAGAACAAGACUGUUUUGUUUUAUUUUAACCUGCUAAGAUGUGCCAGUCCCUCUGUGAUGAUAAACCUUCAGUGCCCUACCACACAGAUCUGUGUCUCCAAGUGCCCAGAGAAAUUUUUAACCUACAUGGAAAUGCAAAUUUUGUAUAAAAAGGACAGUAGCUACUGGGAGUACUACCGUCAAUUCUGCAAGUCCACUGCUAAACCCGCCAAGUCUCUGCCUGAAGUCCUAGUUGAUGAUGACUGUCCCACCGCGGUUUUUCCAAGCAAACCUUUUCUGCAGAGAUGUUUCCCUGACUUCAUUAACAGAAAUGGCACCUUAACAGUAGGCGAUAGGGUACUCUUUGAAGACGGCAGUGGGAGGAUGAGGACUGCUUUGGAACUCAGGGAGGCCGCCAAUGGUAUCAAUAAAAUCCUUGAUGCAAGAGAAAUCGCUUUAAAAGUGUUUGAAGACUAUGCAACAACUUGGUAUUGGAUUAUUGUUGGCCUGACCAUUGCGAUGAUCCUUAGUUGGACAUUUUUGAUACUCCUGAGGUUCAUAGCUGGAUGCCUCUUCUGGUUCUUCACGUUGGGUAUGCUUGAAGUUGUGGGAUACGGAAUAGUGUACUGUUUCCAGCAAUACACCAAACUUCAGCAACACCCAGAAUCUUCAUUAACUAUUUAUAACAUUGGGAUUCAGAAUAAUAUAAGCAUGUACUUUCAAUGGAAACAGACAUGGUUUAUAUUAAUGAUAAUCCUCUGUGUCCUUGAACUGACUAUCAUCCUCCUGCUGAUCUUCCUCAGGAAACGAAUUCAUUUGGCCAUUGUCCUGCUGAAGGAAGGGAGCAAAGCCAUUGGAUACAUCCCUAGUACAUUAGUUUAUCCGGUUUUAACCUUCAUUUUGCUCUCCGUCUGUUUUUCCUACUGGAUUGUGACAGCACUUUUCUUGGCUACAUCAGGGGUACCUGUUUACAAAGUUUCAGCCCCAGAGGGGCAAUGUAUACAUGAAAAUGAAACCUGUGACCCAAGGAUUUUUAAUAUGACUGAUGUUCCCAAAGCAUGCCCUGGGGCUCUCUGUAACUUCGCUUUCUAUGGUGGAAAAAGUCUGUACCAUCAAUACAUAAGCACCUUGCAUUUGUACAAUCUGUUUGUCUUUCUCUGGCUCAUAAACUUUGUUGUUGCAUUGGGUCAAUGUACCCUUGCUGGUGCCUUCGCUAGUUACUACUGGGCCAUGAAAAAACCCGACGACAUCCCAGCACUUCCGCUUUUCACUGCGUUUGGACAAGCCGUACGAUAUCACACAGGAUCUCUGGCAUUCGGAUCAUUAAUUCUUGCAUUAAUUCAAAUGUUUAAAGUCAUCCUAGAAUACUUGGACAGACGUCUUAAAAAUGCCCAGAACAAUAUCUCUAAAUUCCUAAAAUGCUGCCUGGGAUGCUGUUUCUGGUGUUUGGAAAAAAUGGUAAAGUUUUUAAACAAAAAUGCCUACAUUAUGAUUGCGAUAUAUGGCAAAAACUUCUGCAGGUCAGCCAGAGAUGCUUUCAACCUUCUGAUGAGAAACAUUUUAAAAGUGGCAGUUACAGAUGAAGUUACAAAUUUUGUAUUACUCCUGGGGAAAAUUCUAGUUUCUGGAUUUAUAGGUAUCCUGGCCUUCUUACUCUUUACAGAAAAAAUGCCAGUGAUUUUUGGAGGACCAAUAUCUUUAAAUUACUACUGGGUACCUUUGCUGACUGUCAUUUUUGGAUCUUACCUAGUUGCCCAUGGCUGCUUCAGUGUCUAUGCAACUUGUGUUGAAACAAUCUUCCUCUGCUUCUUGGACGAUUUAGAACGCAACGAAGGUUCUGCGGCAAGACCAUUUUUCGUGAGUUCGUCUCUGAUGAAGAUUUUGUUGGACAAGGAUUCAUGAACUAAGGACCAGUACAGGAGCGUAUGUCACCUCACAGCGGUGUGUUACCUUUUCCUCUGCUGUCUGUACAGCACUUCUUUCGUAAGCGCUCGGUGUUUAGCGACGCUGUACUCACGACCUUGUUGGCUGGCAUUUGCAUGUUUUAUACCAAAGCUUACACUGUAAAAUGUGAAGCCAUUGGAAGUUGCAAUGGAAUUGUUAAUAACACGAAACAUUUUUAUACUAAUAUCUUUCGUUUUGUAAUUCAUUUUUAACUAUAGUGGCUUGGAUGCUUUGAACAUACUAGUGAGUAUGUUGAUAUUCUUUUAAAUAUUAAAUUGAAAUUGAAAUUACGUGUUACGUAAAUCGAUAGCUCCUAAUAUAUUUUUAAGAUUAUAGCUAACUGACUUCUUCUGCAGGGAACAUUGCUAAAUGUUAUUAAAUUUUAAAGCUUUCCCCACUCUUGCUUGACAGUAAACCAGUAAUAGGAUUGCCUCACCCCCGUCCUUGCUGUCUCUUGGUAUGUAUGGUUUCCUCUCAGACAAAUCGCCAAUCAUCCAGCCUUUACUACUUCGUCCUCUGACAAAGUGCCUUACCGGCUGCUUAAUAUUACCUAGCUUUUGUGGGCAAGUUUACAAACAUUGUUUAAAAAGAAAAUUAAAACCUACAAUGUUUAGGGAUUAAAACAAGUCUUGCAUUUGUUUUCCUCUUGCUCACGGAUUGGAAACCAGUGGUCAUUUCACCAUCAGAGAGUACCCUGUGUGGCAUCAAGAAGUUUCCCUUGCACCUAGAGGACAUUCGUGCAUGUGUUGGUACCUGCAAGGGGGAAAAAAACUUGAAAGAGAGGACACUUGUUGGGUUUCUUUAUCUUUAUUAAAAGAGAAGAUUUUAAAUGUCUUUUCUAUAGUCGGUCUUUAAAAAUCACAAUAGGUAUAAAACUGCAUCUCUCAGUGUUUUACACAUACUUGAAAAAGAAACUUCUAGGAAUUAUAAAGAGAAACUGUAGCUCACAGAUGUUAUGUACUAAAUAGCUCCAUUAUAUAUGAUUGUUUUCAUCAAAGGCUGUUCUAUAUAUGUCUCUCAUUUUCUAACUUUUGAUACAAAGCAGCUUGUUUAUAACAUGUUGAUUUUUUUAUUGCACCAAUAUAAACAGGAACACUUGCUCAUUUUAAAUAACUUUACUAGUACUACUAACUUUAAAGAAAAUGAAUUUAAUUUGUUUCUCAAUGGUACAGAGUCCAUAAAAGCAUUCACCCUAGGGAUAUGUCAACCACAAUGAUGGUGAAAGAUUUGAAAAUCGAUCAACAAUAAAUGACAUCAGUUUAUCUAUCAUCACAUUUGUUUAAAUGUGAUUUUAGAUGCUCCUAGGCCAAAAAUAAACUCACAAGGGCAUGACAGUAUGAGCCCUAUAAUCAGUGUGCUUCUGCUAUGCAGAAUAUUAGGAACAUGUUGUCUACCUUUGAUUACUAAGAUGUUUCAUACUUAAUGAAAUUUGUUGUUAC